CUAACUGCGUCUGCCUACUUAAGAAGCAAUGGCUCCUGUCAACGUACUGAACAGCUAUACGCUAAGCGCUAAGGACAAGAUAAAACUCAGAAAGCCCGUGGUGGAGAAAAUGCGCAGAGAUCGUAUUAACAACAGCAUCGAGCAGCUCAAGAGGCUCUUGGAGCCCCAGUUCAAGAGGCAGCAGGCCACCUCGAAACUGGAGAAGGCCGACAUCCUGGAGAUGGCCGUGUGCUACCUGAGAGAGAGCAGCCUGGAGGCGUCGCCGCGACCAGAACAUCUUCAGCAGGGCUAUAGCGAGGGCUUCGCCAAGUGCCUGCAAGAGACUCUGCGCUUCCUCUCUUUUCAUGACCCGAUGAAAUCAUCCCAAGUGAAACUGCUUACUCACUUCCAGAAAGCCGAACCCAACAACCUGCCGGUCCCAAGCAUCCACAAGAGCGACGUGCGGGAGAAUGGCGGCUCCAUCUGGAGGCCGUGGUGAAUCCUCGGUCUGGACACUUGUUUUGGUUCAAAUCAGAGGAUGGAGUGACUUUACUUUUUGCGACAGUCAGAAUAUGUCCUCUUUGAGUAGGAAAUGUUAAUUCCCAAUAUUAUUGUUCGGCAAUAUUUGCCCCGGUUGUUCAGUAGGAGGAAUGUUUCCUUAGCAUUGCCUUUUAGGCUCUGUGCCAGACGUUCGAUAGCGAAUGUUAAUUAGUUGUAAUGCUGUGCUGAUGGAGUUUUAUAAAGUCCUGGGGCACUGUUGGUGGGGAACUAAAAUAUGGAGGUCGGUUGGGUAUUUAGCUUCCUUCAUUUUGAAGAGAAAGUUUUACAUAUUGUAAAAAUUGGUGUCUAUAAUAUUUAUAGAAAGUGUUGUUGCCAAAUGCAAAUUCCCUGCAUCUUCCCCUAUUCUCCCCUCAACAUCUGUAUGAUGCAUAUUGAGAUUGCAUUGAAUAAUCUAAAUAUUACCUUUUGUAAGGUUUAUUGUUGUAUAAAUUUCUUGGAAUUUGCUGAACGUACGUUUUAUAAACCCAUAUACAGCAAUUUUAAUAAACAAUCUAUUUUA